AGCAGCUGGAGGCGCGCUCCCUAGAAGAGCGCCAGGUCGCGAUUCUACAGCGGAUUGAGAAGCUCGCCCAGGCGGUGGGGCUGGACCUGUCAGCGGCACAGGCUCCCGCCUCCUCCCCCUCCACCCCCUCCCCCUCCUCCAGCACCCCCACCUCAGCCCCCACCCCCACCACCUCCACCUCCAUCACCGUCACCCCCGACGCCAGUCCCACCCAGCAACGUCUAGAGGCGGAGCUCGCGGCUCGCGGCUUCUCCGCGGCGCGCUUCGUCCGCGUGCCAGCUGACUACUACGACCAGCCGCUGGAGUACCGCCGGGCUUGUCUGCAGGCGGAGCACGUGGACCAGCUGUGCAAGAGCAUCGUCAUGGAGAACACGCGGGCUCACCCCGAGGUGCGCGGCUGGGAGGACCCGCGCCACUCCAAGUACUACUGCGUCAUCGUGCAGUACACCGCCCGGCUGCAUGCUGACAAGCUCAAGAUGGCUCUGCUGGAGCUGGGCGGUCGCAAGUACGGCAGGCAGUACUACAACAUGAGGCUGGCGCCGGAGGAGGUGAAUGACGAGCUGACGGGUUUCAGCCACAACGCGGUGACCCCCAUCUGCAUGCGCGAGCGGUUGCCCAUCGUGCUGAGCCACCGCAUCACGCAGCUGCCGGCCGGGCGGUUCUGGCUGGGAGCGGGGGAGGUGGACCUCAAGGUGGGUCUGAGUGUGGAGGAGUUCGUGCGCGCCUACCAGCCCUUCGUCAUCGACUGCACCUACGACUGAGGGCAGCCGGGCAGGGCAGGGCAGGGCAGGGCAGGGCAGGGCAGCGAUACCGGUCGCCCUGCAUACAGGCAGGGCAAGGCAUGGCAUUCAUGCAGGCAAGGGAGGGCAAGGCAAGGCAUGCCGGGCAGGGCAGCGAUACAUGCAGCCAUGUGAACGGGCAGCAGGGUGGCCAGCCAAGCGCUGCUGGCUGCGGGCUGUGGCCGGGACUUCCUGCUGCGCUUGGAAGCUGUGGAUGACGUGACGUCUUGGGCCUCGUGACGGCACCAUUGCAUGCAUACUGCUGCGUCAUCAGUGUCAGUGCGGUCAGUCUGAGUUGAGCGAGCUCUUGCACAGCGAUACGCAGCAACAGUAGAAGGGUGCGAGGGGGAAGGAAGGGGCGAUGCGGUAUACAUUUGGGGUAUAACGGCAGCUGGCAACGCGUGAGAUGUGGAAGGUAUGCAGGAGGAGGUUUUACUCGCGACACAGCAGUAGAUGUCCUGACGUACCUUGUGUUACCUUACUAUGCAGCUCCGGAUUUGCAAUAUACGUGUGCGGAGUGCCCAUGUAAUAUACAUGGGCACUAUAGGAAGCGG